AUGGAUCAAAAUAAUCAAAUAAAUGAUGCAGCACACAACAUUGAAGGCCCCGCUAAGAGUGGAAGAAAAGUUACAAUUAAUAAUCAACUUCGCAAGAGAAGAGCAAAAGGAAAGCAUAUUGAUAUAAAGUUCCCUAAAGAAUUUGCAAAAGUGUGUGGACAACAUGCUAGUUUAUUUAAAAGUGAGAUCACAGUUCUUGUAAGAACUAUACCACUCCAAGUGAAGAUGUGGAGGGACAUGGAUAAGUUUCAUGCUGGAACUACUGUAGAUGUUUGGAGAAAACUAAAGCAAAAGUUUCCUGAGCUUUCCGAAGAAGAUAAAGAUUGUGCCAUGAGACAAGUAGAGAGUCAAUAUAAUAAUUGGCGUUACCGUCUGCUUCAAGCUUACCGAAACAACAAGCCAAGGCAACAACAUGUCUCACCAGAAGAUUGGCAAUGGUUGAUAAGGAAUUUGUGGACGGAUGAUGAUUUUCAGAAAAGGAGCAACCAAAACUCUAUCAAUAGAGGAAAGCAAGAGAUGGGGUCCAAAGUAGGAACUAGAUCAAUUGCUCAAAUUGCUUAUGAUCUGCGAGACCCAGAAACUGGUGAAUGGCCUACUGCUAUGCAAGUUUGGAGGGCUACAUACCAAAAGGCUGAUGGGACAUGGUCUAUUUCAACGGGUGAAGAAAUAAUGACCAAACUACAAGAAGUUGUUGGGACACAUCAAGAAAAGAUAUCUUCUGCGCCCCUGUCAAUAGUGGAGCACUUCACACUAGUUCUUGGUCGAAUGCCAAACCAUUCAUGUGGUGUCGGCAUUCGUGCUGUAAACCGAGUCGCCGGGGAAAGGAUCAGAUUGCAGGCACAAAUCGAGGCUUAUGAAUAG